AUGCGCGUGAUCAUCGUUGGCGUCGUCACAGGACUCGCGGUACGUGGAGUGAGCGCGCAAGCGGACGAUACGUUCGUGUCAGAGUGCGCCGGCGAAAGACUGCGCUCGCUCGUGGAAGUGUGUACAGCCUCGGAAAACUUCAACCAAGACACUUGUUGUGCGAGCUUGAGAGCGCUGGAUGAAAACGACUGCUUCUGUAACGUCAAUCUGGGCCAAGUAGAACUCGGAAUUCGGCGCGAAGUAUUACCAUUGGUCCUACAGGCGGAGCAAGCGUGCGAUCUGAAGUUGAAAUUUGGCAAUAAUUGUGCCGCGCUGCCGCCGUUCACUCUUUCGCCACCCUCGGCGGCGUCUCCACCGGCACCGUCGGCGAUAAUCUCUCCGUCAAUCGUACCGGCGCCGAUCCGAGCCACUUGCUCGGUCGAUGGUCUCGUGCGAUUAAUCCAAGGGGGAUGCGCUUCGAUCGGCGACAACACAAAUUCCCCUCUCGCGACGCGAGUGAGAGCGUCGUGCUGCGAGGCCCUCACGUCGUUGAACGCAGAAAAGUGCUUUUGUUCCGAAGGUAAAAUGGUGCAGGAACUCCUGAGAGAAUUUCCUAGCAACUUUUUAGCAAUGUUCUCCGCGUCGGAAUCAGUGUGCGGAACGACGAUUGUCGGCGGUUGGCAAUGCUUGCCAUUCGUCGCCAAGUCUCCGCCUCCGCCUCCUCCCCCACCGCCGCCAUCGGUGGUGACGCCACCGAUCAUUCGAGCUCCGUUACCGCCAUUCGUAGGAAGAACGUUCGGCGUGGUUGAUCGGGAAGAACUCACGAGACAGCUGUCGCAAGAACUGUGUCGAGUUUCGGCGUACGCAAACAUUCUCGAUGACGGUUGCGCUCGUUUGCCGUUUCUCGACGCAACGAGCAAUCGAGCGAGGCGCUGCUGCGAGCAAAUCGCACUCAUGAACACCGCAUUAUGUUUCUGUGAGCUGAGCGACGUGGUGCAAGCGACGAAAUCCGCGGCGGACGUCAUGUUUUCCGCGACGCAGUACAAAUGCCGACCAGGAUUUGGGACGUACGCGUACGAGGAAUGCCGAAUCGUCGACGCGGGCCCCAUUCCCACGCCUGCGCCUCCACCAGCCCCGCCGCCGGCACAGACAGGGACGCGAUACGUCGUCGCGUGGUGGCCUUGGGGCGGUGGCUCACCGGCGUCAACCGAUGAACCGAUCUGGCCCGAUCGUCCCCGCGUGCCCUCCGCUUUGCUCGGUUAG